UUCAGCCUCGUCCUGGGCCACCAACCCAGGGCACUCCUGCAAGUGUCCUGAGGCAGCCCUGGGUGCCACGACACACCGUUUGAAAAACACUGGCGUAGGGAAACUCGUCACGCGCUGUGCCUGAACCUAAGCCUAGGGAACGAGGAUGAGCAGCGUUUCCAUGGAAACAGCACCUCCGGCUCUCCCCCGGAAGAAGUCAGUGCGGCUGUGCGAUCACAUCUCCGUCCCGCACUACAUCUCCUGCUGUGCUGAGUUCCAGGGGAAGCGAGAAAAGGAUCAUUGGUUCCGCAUUGCGGUGUUCGCACUGGGCGGGAUGCUCAGCGGCUCACCCCGGGUCUGUGAGGGGAGUGUCUGCUUGUCACUGCGCAGAGGAGCCGCUGUCAGGUGUAAAAUGAUGAAGAACUGGGGUAUGAUUGGCGGCAUUGCUGCAGCUCUGGCAGCUGGAAUAUAUGUUCUGUGGGGUCCUAUCACUGACAGAAAAAAAUGCAAGAAAGGAUUAGUGCCUGGGUUGAUGAAUUUGGGAAAUACUUGUUUUAUGAAUUCCUUGUUGCAAAGUUUAUCUGCCUGCCCUUCUUUUAUUCGCUGGUUGGAGGAAUUCACAUCACAGUACCAACUUGAACAGAAAGACUUAGUGCAUCGAUAUCUGUCUGUUACACUGCUGCAGCUUUUAAAAGCAUUAUCUAUUCAGGAAGCUGCAGAAGAUGAGGUGCUAGAUGCAAGUCUCCUUCUAGAUGUCCUCAGAACAUACAAGUGGCAGAUCUCUUCUUUCGAAGAACAGGAUGCUCAUGAACUAUUUCACGUGCUAACAUCGUCAUUGGAAGAUGAGAGAGAUCACCAGCCUCAUGUUUCUCAUCUGUUUGACAUCCAUGCUUUGGAACUUCCACAGAUGACAGAAAGGCAGAUUCACUGCAGGGCACAAGGGGUUUUAAACCCUAUUCCCAGACAGUGGAAAUCUCAGCACCCUUUUCAUGGAAGACUGACUAGUAGCAUGGUUUGCAAGAACUGUCAGCACCAGAGCUCAAUGAGAUAUGAUACCUUUGACAGCCUCUCCUUAAGUAUCCCUUCUGCUACUUGGGGCUGCACUAUGACCCUUGAUCACUGCUUACAGCAUUUCAUCUCCACUGAAAGUGUUAAGGAUGUGGUCUGUGAGAAUUGUACAAAACUACAAGCUCAAGAGAAACCAAAUAGGCAAUUGAUAGAAGACCAGAAAACAACAUUUGUUAAACAGUUGAAGCUGGGAAAGCUCCCUCAGUGCUUGUGCAUCCACUUGCAACGUCUGAGCUGGUCUAAUCAGGGUAGCCCAAUGAAACGUAAUGAACAUGUCCAAUUUAGUGAGUUCCUUUCCUUGGAUAGGUAUAAGUAUCGUCUCAUUGGAAAUUCAUUCAACAAGCGUCCAUGCAGUAGUCAUCAUGGGGCUGUGCAAGCAUCAACAGAUGGAUUGACAGCUUCUGAUGGCCAUCCUAACUCCAAGAUACAAUUGCUGAAUGGAGCAUAUUCUGAGUCCUUACUGUCACCUGUUUAUACAAAUUCCAAGUUUUCUACACAAGAGUGCAGCUCUUCCUCAUAUAUCUUCCGUCUGAUGGCCGUCAUAGUUCAUCACGGAGACAUGCACUCAGGACAUUUUGUUACUUAUAGACGUUCCCCUCCAGGAGCCAAGACCCCAAAACAUCCCAGCCAGCAGUGGUUGUGGGUAUCUGAUGACACUGUGCGCAGGGCAAACAUACAAGAAGUUCUUUCUUCUAGUGCCUAUUUACUCUUUUAUGAGCGUAUCCGGCCUAAGCCACAUAUCCCAGCAUUUGAGACCCAGGCAGAAAAAUGAAGAUGGCAAAACCAUGACUUCCUGUCCUCAUUGCAUUCAGGUUGACAGAAUAAGCACAGAAAAGUAACUCUUGACAGCUUUGGCUUUGGUAUUAGAAAAAGUGUAAAUAGUUGAACUUGGAUCAAGGUGUAUAAAUAUAAAAUCAGUCAUUUGUUUA